AUGAACCCUUCGGCGUUGAUUCAGAUGGUCAACGUGCUGUCUCUCACGCUGGCACAACUGGCUGGGUCACUGGUCCAGGCCUCGAAGGAUAUUGAUAGUUUGUUAGAGGAAGUCUGGACGGCGUACAACGACAGCAAGGCCAAGCCUGACGCGCUCACUCGAGCUGUCGUGACGUGUAUGUUCCAGCCAGUAUUCCUGCUGCGAGCUGAGCUGACUUCGACGAUGAAGCUCUGGCUGGCAGGGUUUAUCCGCUUUGGCUCGAGACACAGACCCAAUGUGGUCUUCCACUUGGCGUGUCGCUUAUGUCAAACGUGGCGUGCACACCCAGUGUCGGCUCUGUCCUUUGUAGACGAGCUGGUGGAGCUGCUGCUGUAUAAGGAACCUUUGAUCGACGAGAAGGAGCAGCUGGCAACGGAUGCGGGUGCUCCAUUCCAAGGAUUCCAAGGCUAUUCUCCUCUCGAUGGCAACCUAUGA